CUAGACAAGAUCUGAAUGGUCCGAUUCACUACUGUGCUCCUUCAGAGACUCAUGCUUGCUGCUGAUGAGAAGUAAAAACUUAAUCUUUAUUAAAGCAUAUAUUUAGUAGAAAUGGGAAAUAUCUUGGUCACUACUAGUGAAUGGGAUUAUUAUUGCUGAAAGCACAAAUAGAGAGUUUUGAAAUAAUUGCUUCAUUGGCACCAACUAACGGGCUUAGGAGGAUAUCUACUGGGAAAAAUGGGUCGAUCUAACUCUAGAUCACAUUCUUCAAGAUCAAAGUCAAGAUCCCAGUCCAGCUCUAGGUCAAGAUCCAGAUCACAUUCUAGAAAAAAGAGAUACAGUUCUAGGUCUCGAUCAAGGACAUAUUCACGAUCUCGCAGCAGGGAUCGUGUUUAUUCUAGAGAUUAUCGCAGAGAUUACAGAAAUAAUAGAGGAAUGAGACGUCCCUAUGGUUACAGAGGAAGAGGUAGAGGGUAUUAUCAAGGAGGUGGUGGUAGAUACCAUCGUGGAGGUUAUAGGCCUGUCUGGAACCGAAGACACUCCCGAAGCCCUAGGCGUGGCCGUUCACGUUCCAGAAGUCCAAAACGAAGGUCUGUGUCUUCCCAGAGGUCCCGGAGCAGAUCUCGUCGGUCUUACAGAUCUUCCAGGUCCCCAAGGUCCUCUUCAUCUCGUUCUUCAUCCCCAUACAGCAAAUCACCUGUCUCUUCCAAAAGACGUGCGUCUCUGGAAAAGCAGGCAAAGAAAACUGAAGGGGCUCCUUUGCAAGAUAGCCCUUCGAAAAGUAAAUCACAAGAUGAACAGAAAGAUACAUUUGAACAUGACCCAUCAGAGUCUCUUGACGAUUUUAACAAAUCAUCAGCAGCUUCUGGCGACAUUUGGCCUGGCCUUUCAGCCUAUGAUAACAGUCCAAGGUCACCCCAUAGUCCUUCUAUUGCCACCCCACCUAGUUCAUCUUGCUCUGAUGCCCCUUUGCUUAGCACAGCCCACUCAGCAAAGGACACACCUCAACAUUCCCAUUCCAUUCAGCAUAGUCCUGAGAGGUCUGGCUCUGGUUCUGUUGGAAAUGGUUCUAGCCGUUACAGUCCUUCUCAGAAUAGCCCAUUGCAUCACAUCCCUUCAAGGAGAAGCCCUGCAAAGACAAUCCCAUCACAGAGUGCUCCUCGUGAGGAGGCUCGAGUGCGGUCAUUUUAUCCUGAGGGUGGUGAACAGGAAACUGCAAAAGGUGGAAAGUUUAUGAAAAGGUACACAGAUGAAGAGUCUAGAGUAUACCUGCUUGAUAGGGGUAAUACCAGGGAGAAGGAGGCCCAGAAGGAGAGAGGAUCAGAAAAAGGGAGGACAGAGGGAGAAAGGGAAUGGGAGGAACAGGAAACUUUAGAUUUUUUCGUUGAUAAAGAGACUGGGAAAGAAAAGUUUAAUGACUCUGAAGGGGAGGACACAGAGGAGACAGAGGAUUACAGACAGUUCAGAAAGUCUGUCCUGGCAGAUCAGGGUAAAAAUUUUCCUACUGCAUCUCACCGGAAUGCUGAGGAGGAAGGAACCAAAUACAAAUCUAAAAUAUCAAUCAAGGGCAAUAGAGAGAGCGAUGGAUUUAGAGAUGAGAAAAAUUAUAAGCUUAAAGAGACUGGCUAUGUAGUGGAAAGGCCUAGUGCAACAAAAGAUAAGCACAAGGAAGAAGACAAGAGUUCUGAGAGACUAAUGAUGAAGAAAGAAAGUCAGUCACCUGAGCAGGUAAAGUCUGAAAAGCUCAAAGAACUCUUUGAUUACAGUCCCCCUCUACACAAGAAUCUGGAUGCGAGAGAAAAAUCCACCUUCAGAGAGGAGAGCCCACUUAGGAUCAAAAUGAUAGCCAGUGACUCCCAUCGUCCCGAAGUUAAACUCAAAAUGGCACCGGUACCUCUUGAUGAUUCCAAUAGACCUGCUUCCUUGACUAAAGACAGGCUGCUUGCUAGCACACUUGUCCAUUCCGUCAAGAAGGAGCAAGAGUUCCGAUCCAUCUUUGACCACAUUAAGUUGCCACAGGCCAGCAAAAGCACGUCAGAAUCAUUUAUUCAGCACAUUGUGUCCUUGGUUCAUCAUGUCAAAGAGCAAUACUUCAAGUCAGCUGGAAUGACCCUAAAUGAGAGGUUCACUGCAUAUCAAAAAGCUACUGAAGAACACUGCACCCGGCAAAAGAGCCCGGAAAUACAUAGGAGGAUUGACAUCUCUCCAAGUACCCUGAGGAAGCAUACCCGUUUAGCAGGUGAAGAGAGAGUCUUUAAAGAAGAAAGUCAAAAAGGAGAUAAAAAAUUAAGAUGUGAUUCUGCUGAUCUUCGGCAUGACAUUGACCGACGUAGAAAAGAGCGAAGUAAAGAGCGAGGAGACUCAAAGGGUUCCAGGGAAUCCAGUGGGUCAAGAAAGCAGGAGAAAACUGCAAAAGAUUACAAGGAUUACAAAUCUUACAAAGAUGACAGUAAACAAAAAAGAGAUCAAGAUCGUGCUCGGUCCUCCCCAUCUCCCUCCCCAUCUUCUUCCUCAUCCAGUUCUCGAGAAGAGAAAGAUUGCAAAAAAGAAAGAGAUGAAGAGUUCAAAACCCACCAUGAACAGAAAGAAUACUCUGGUUUUGCAGGAGUCAACAGGCCAAGAGGCACCUUUUUUCGAAUUAGGGGCAGAGGAAGAGCCAGAGGAGUCUUUGCUGGAACAAAUACUGGUCCCAGCAACUCUAAUACUACUUUUCAGAAGAGACCGAAGGAAGAGGAGUGGGAUCCUGAAUAUACCCCAAAAAGCAAGAAAUACUUCUUGCAUGAUGACAGAGACGAUGGUGUGGAUUAUUGGGCCAAAAGAGGAAGAGGCCGUGGUACUUUCCAGCGUGGCAGAGGCCGUUUUAACUUCAAAAAGUCAGGUAGCAGUCCGAAGUGGACACAUGACAAAUAUCAAGGGGAUGGGAUUGUGGAAGAUGAAGAAGAAACGAUUGAAAAUAAUGAAGAAAAGGACAGACGCAAAGAGGAAAAGGAAUAACCUUGGAAGAAAGUUGCAGCUGAAAGAGCAGCUCUUGCACCACCCACACAACAUUUUUAAUAUGUUUUUUUUGUUGUCAAAUGAAUGUAAGCAUUUUACUUAAAUUUUACUGUUGGAAAGUAGUUUAGAGGAAUUGUUUUUGUUUUAAGCCUUUAGAAAAAAAAUCUUGAUAUAGUAAACUAUGUUAAUGAUCGUACAGGUAGAAAGUAAAAUAUUUGUAACAACUUUUAAGAAAUUUUACUGUUUGUUAUAUGCAGUGUAAUUCUGCUUUGUCCAAAUAUAUGGUCAAGUACAACUCUAAAA